AUGAAGAGAGGUCUCAAGACAAUGGAAGUCUCAAGGGUGUUGCGAAGCUUUCUCAACAUUGAUGAACCUGCACCAGGUUCGACUAAUGAGGUCGUGUCAAGCCAUAGCCUCAAGGCCACUUUCCUUGCUUGGUCAGCCCGUUUUGGCCUCAGUCCUCAAACGAGGUCCCUUCUGGGAAGACACACCACAUGUUUGAAUGAGACGUUUGCAAUCUACUCCAGGGAUUUGGCUUGUGCUCCGGUUGCAGAACUUCAGCAACUCAUUGAUGCAGUGUAUGACGGAACCUUUGUGCCGGAUGGUGAGCGUUCAAAGUUUUUCAGAGCUGCUGACUUGCAGGCAUGUGAGCCUGAGACAGGGCAUGUUAAACAUGAGCAACAGAGUCAUGCUGAUGUCAUUUCUGUGAGCGAUUCGGCACAGGAUCUUGAAGCUGAAGGGCCAGACAUUGGGGGAGUCGAUGACCCUGAAAGUGACGUUUCAAAGCUGGCAACGUGUGAGGCUCAGUUUUGCCCUGCUAACUUGCUGGAUGUUCAGAGUCAUGCACCAGAAGACGAGACUGACUCGUCUUCAAGUGACAGUGGUGCCUCCACCUCAGAGGAAUCAGACGUUCAGGAGCCGCCGUCAAGGGUAAAACGGUUCCGUGCAAGGAUUCCCACUCAUGAGAAGUGGUAUGUCCACUCAAAGUCGCAUUUGGUCCAUCGUUUCGAUGAAGAUGCUCAGAAUGACGCUCGGCAUUUUGCCGCCAUGACCUCUAUCGUGGAUUCAGAGGCACAGUUUGACCUCCGAAUGGACCAAGUCAAACUUCCUGAGCCAUUGCAAAGAGCCCUUCGCAACGCUGGGGUUGGCACUAUUUCGGCACUUGCCUAUGCGCAUGGGCAGCCUGGACAGCCCAUAGUUGCGGAUGAGUUUCAAGCUUGGGUGCGCUCACUCGAUCCCAGCGCGACGAUCGGUGGUGUGGCCGCGCUCAAGCGCCUCCUGUUCGAGAGCCAGACACAGUUGCUUGCAAUAUUGAAAGAACAGGUGAUGAACCCAGAGCCAUCAGUGGCGCGCAAGGUACCACCUGCGGAACGUGAAUCCAGGCUUGCAAAUUUGAAGACACGCUUGGUGGGGGUCCUUAUUGAAGGUCACUCGGAACCGAGCCACGCUCUACUCGACCUUGCAACUCAACUGUAUGACCAAAAUGUGUUGCGCUUCAUCCCUUUGGAGAAAUGCUACAGCAGGCUCACCGAGCUUUCCUUUAACAACAAGCCGCAAUCCAAAUUGCUGGAAGUCGAGUCGUCCAAGGUUGUGAUCCGUGACAAAGAGUCUGAGUUUGAGGCCAGUGUGCAAUCGUCGUACCAAGCGCUUGAAGCAUUCAAACGAAGAGGACUGGCUCUUGAUUUUGCCAACGUCAUGUCAUUCACAAGUCAUGACAAAUAUGUGCAACUUCUUUUCGCCCAUUUGAAUAGAGAGCCGCCAGCCGGGUACAACAGGUGCAGUGUUUCUCAACUGCUGGCUGCAGACAAGUCAGCCUGGUGCCACCUCAUUGAAAAGAAUGUGAAGCCCCGGCCGGACAUUGCUGGAGCGUUGGAGCUGGACACAAAGCUUGAGGAGGCACUCAAGUCCUAUGAAGUGAGUUUUUCUCUCCUACCGAUGAUCGCUAAACAAACACAGAAGACAGCGACACCAGCAGCUGCUCCAUCAGCCAAGGCACAACCCCUUCCAACCGCCAAGGGUAACAGGAAGGGGUUCAACAGAUACCGACCAUAUGCAGCCAAAGGGAAGGGAAAAUCCAAAGGAAAAUUUGAUCAACGAAUCCCAAAGGAAAUCCGAGAAUCGGGCGGCACUGCUUCGACCCCCGAUGGAGAUCCCAUUUGCUUUGAUUACUCGCUCAAGAAAUGCAAAGAAACAGUCAGUGAUGGCCGUGAGGGCUUGCGUGACCAUUGCCAAAGGGAUUUCACCAGUGCAAAACCUAUGCGCUUGUUGCGAUACACUGCACAUCAGGCAUGCGCCUACGGUUCUGAGAGACCAAAAUGGACGGUGUUAGCACACAACACGCAGACGUGCGACCAGUUUGUUAAAGAUGCUGUAAGUGCUGGCCACCCAGUUGGUGGAGCUUCGCGGUUGGCUGGUGAAGAAUCUCAACUCCACUCUGGCUUGCCGUCAGCCCUACGUGGUAUUUUGGCUCCGAAGAGGUUGCUUUUGUGGAAGGAGAUGAUGGAAUAUUAUCACUACCCAGAUGUCGCUGUGUUCGAUGAGGUGGUGCAUGGCGUUGACCUGGCAGGGCCUGCCCCAGUCGUGCCGUUUUUCGACCCGUGCUUCAGACCGGCUAAGGUAUCCACUUCAGAACUUGCGCAGACCGCUGCAAGUGCCCGCGCAUCAUUGUUGGCCACUGUUGGGCCUUCUGGAGAUGAUGACCUUGAUGAGGCCGUAUAUUCUAAGACGCUCGAGGAACUCGACUGCGGUUGGUUGGAUGGACCGUAUGAGCCUCGAGAACUCCAGGAUGACGCUGUGGUCAGCCGACGCUUCGGCAUAAGACAAUCUUCAGGGGAAGGCUCUAAGGUGAGGCUCAUAGAUGACUUUUCAGGGUCGGGUGUCAACGACACAGUACAAGUCGAAAGUGCGGUCAAACUACACACCCUUGAUGUUGCCGCUGCGUUGUGCAUGGAACUCCUCAGAGUCGAUGGAGGUCAGCAGUGGCUUGGAAAAACAAUGGAUCUUUCAGCUGCGUAUCGGCAGCUGGGAAUCUCACCGGGUUCCCGUUGGGUGUCGUACAUUGCCGUGUACGACCCUAGCAACCGCAGGGUGAAGAUCUUUGCGAUGAGGGCCCUACCAUUUGGGGCUAGCAGAUCAGUCUACAGCUUCUUGAGAGUUUCCCAUUCGCUCUGGUGGCUUGGCUGUAUGGCCCUGAGACUUGUUUGGAGUAAUUUCUUCGAUGACUUCAUCACCUUUGCAAGAGCGGUGGAAUCGGAGUCUGUGGCAAUAGCUGCACUGCAAUUUUUCCGCCUGUUAGGUUGGGCAGUAUCGACUGGUGACAAGGAUUUGCCAUUUGCCGAAAAAUUUAAAGCUCUUGGAGUCGAGAUUGAUUGUGCAGCCUGGCGAGAUGGCAAGGUUUACUUCGCCAACACAGAGAAGCGGGUAAAAGAGUUGGCCGCGACCAUUGAUGAUGUGUUACUGACCGGCCGCCUCACCAAACAGGCUGCCCUUGUGCUCCGAGGAAGAAUGCAGUUUGCUAAGGCUCAGCUUUGGGGUCGUGCAGCGCGCCUUUGUUUGAAUGCUGUGACCGCUCAUGCAUACAGUGCGUUGGGGGACACCAUUGGGGAGCACACAGCAUCCCUCCUCAGAGUCUUCCGUGGCCUCCUUUCAACAGCCAGACCGCGAGAGAUCACUGUGCAUUGGAACGUCCCAUAUUUUUUGUUCACUGACGCUGCAUUCUCGCCUGAGGAUGCCAGUUGGCCAGGGGGCCUUGGGGGAGUGCUUGUGAACUCACAGGGUGAACAAGUGUCAGCUUUCUCUUUCAUGCUCAGACCUGAGGAUCUGGCUGCCCUAGGACGUAUCCAGGGUCAGGCCUUGUUGCACAGGUCCUUGCAGUUGAAGACUCCCAGGGGAUGCUCCCUUGGUUCGCAAGAGUCCCAUCAGAAAGCAAUAUCGCAGACGGGCCGUCCCGAGGCUCGACAGACGGUAUAA